UUUGGUAAAAUGUUCUGAAUUUCCCAUUCAGUGUGUUAAACCAGUUUAUAUUGGUGACAAGCUGUGUUUCAGGACCUAUACACAAUAUGGAGAAUUGUUUGUUGUGGUGCAAACGUACGAGGACCAUAUACUGCUUGGUGUUGGGGCUCACUCUAGUGGUAAACUGUGUCCUUAUGUCGCUGUUAAACAGUCAUGUCAUGUCAUUUCUACCAGUAGAGCACGUCGUAACAUCUAUCAAGUCGGGGAUCACUGCUGACAUUCACCAAGUGGAAACCAACCAUGAUUUACUGUUGAACUCUAUACCAAAGACUUUUACAAGUGGCUAUAUGGUUUACACAUGCAACAACGAAUCUUCUGUUCAAUGUGGCGGAUGGUCCGACAGAUUGUCUGGUAUUCUCUCUACAUUUGUUAUAGCUCUGCUUACGAAACAGCGCUUUUUAAUUCACCAUAACCAUUCCUUCCUUCUAGAGGAGUUUUUGGCACCAAAUGAGUAUGACUGGAGAUACAACGCCAGUAUUUCUCAGAAAGGAAACAAGGCGAAUUAUGACCUCAUGAACAAAGAUUCUAAAAAGGCGAAGAAAUACCUCUAUGGUAAAAAGGAUUUAGAUAAAUAUUUUAAAAGUUAUGUCAAUUUAAUACACAUCAAUUGGGACUUUACAGAAGUGUUCAGAGCGAGGCCGCAUAUUGGAAGGGAUGUGCCAUGGAUCACAAAAUGGCAUUACGCUGAUAUUUAUAAAGAGGUCUACAAUUAUUUAUUCAAACCUUCAGAAAGACUUUCCCGUGCUUUAAACUCUCAAAAGCGACGAAGGUCAAAGACAGCAUGUGCUCAUGUUCGUAUAGGAAAGAGUGAAAAUUUACCCGACGACCCUCCAAGACACCGAGAAAGUCUGGAUACAUUGUGGAAUGUUUUCGAUGAUUUGGAUGAAGAUGUGUAUGAUCUAUUUAUAGCAACUGAUGACGAAAGUCUGUUAAAGAGAGCAUCAGGUCGUUAUCCAAAUCAGAUUAUUGAAACGGAUGGACAGAUAGGGCAUAUAGCUAAGUUAAAAAAGGGCUAUAAUACAGAAGUAAGUUUGAAAAUGUUUUUGGAUUUCUAUAUGUUGAUUAACUGUGACAUAUUAAUUCUCACGGAGAGCGGUUUUGGUAUGGCUGCGGCGUACAUUCGGAACACCGACUCUGAUCUCUAUUGUUGGAGAGGACCCGAACUGAAACCCUGUUCGAGGUAUACAGUCCAUCAUAUGUACGAAGGGAUGAUGCUUGCACCUCCUGGUCUAUUCCCUCACAUCACGCAGAUUUCUGAUAAGAACAAACGAAAAGCUCUUUAACACUAUGUACAAUUGGUUCCCUUCAGCAAAUCACCAUGUGCAAGCUGCAAGAAAGUUGACCGAAGAUCUGGUCAUAAUUCAUGUCAAAAUGCUAGAUACUUAUAAUACAUGCCGAAAAUAUACAAAUUAAAGUUUAUUUGCUAAGCGACAUGGAAUUACUUAUCGCUAAUAUGUACAUAUUGCUACUGUAGUAGCAGGAUAGGCUUGUAGAUGAUCAUACACAGUAACCAACAGUCUUCCGAAAAACAGUCUUUGUAUCAUAACUGAUAUCAUCAAAUUAUCAAAUGUCCCACACAAACCUACCACAACCUCUUUAAAAUCACCCGGUAACUUCACUAUGCAUAACUAGUCUAUACUCCCAACCCUCUACCAAUUCGAAAACACCAUGGUUAAUCA